GAGUUGAUAUAAGACAAUGCUUAAAUUUAGAGGAUAGAAGCAUGGUGGAGUAUGUUGAGGCGGCGCCAAACUCAUUCAUGGAUCGCUAUGCUGAAGGACUUCGAGGCAUUGGGCAACUUUCACCGGGGAAAUGUCAAUGAAAUAUAUUGCCUUAGAUAUUGCCUAAUGCCUUUGAUCCAAAGAGAAUUGGACAACAUUCGAGAUGAAUGGAAUAGUCAUCUAUUGUCGUACAGUCGACAAGCAUCAUGUCCAAAUGGUCGUCCGGAUGUUUUAUAUACCCUUUGUGAAGACACAGGUGGCAAGCAAUGUUUGCAGUCAGUCGAUGAAGAUGACGUAGAAUGGGCGAUAACUGAGUGCCAGUUUCCGUCGCGAAGUGGAUCGUUUGAAUUUGAUGAUCAUGCAAUGAACUCUUUUGAGGAAAACAACGAACAUGAUGCGUUCACUUGGACUGAGGCAAUCGAUAAUUAUAACUCGCUAAGGAAUCGCAUAGGAGGGUUAUGAAGGCAAUUUGAUUUUGCCAGUUGAGAGAUGGGCGUCCGGUAUGAUAACUGACGGUGUGAAGACAUAUGUAUAUGACAGGACAAUGUCAUGAUAUUGUAACUUUCAAAUAGUUAAAUUCAAUAGCAGGAUUUCAUGUGAUAUGAUGUUUGUUUAAGAAAGUAAACAAAAGGAUGAUGAACAAAGAGAAAUUCAAAUUCAAAUAUGAUAGUGCUGUUUUUGAUUCAAGGUAAAAGAAAAUACUGAAGUUGAAGAGAAUAUUGUUUGAUUUUAUCCUUAAACAGUCAUAUCUUAUGCAAUAGACAUAUAUGUUUUAUGAAUCAGGUAACUAUUGUUAUAAAUGUCAAUAUUAUGAACCUAUUAAUAUUGUUCUUUCCAUUGUCGCUGAGAGUACAAGAUGCAUCACUGGCUAUUGUUCGAACUGCUAAUUAAACUAUAUCCUACUGAU